ACCGCUACACGGACAACAAACAGGGAAGUGCUGACAUUAAUGCAUUGCAUUGUUUUUAAAUCAUCCUACGACUUGCAUCGUUUAGUUCUUGCUCGCCUCGUACCAUGGAGCUGGACCGGCGGCUGCUGCUGGCUCACUGCACCGCUCACGCCCUCUCGAUCGCGGCGGGCUUGCUGGUGGUCGUCCCCAUGGCUCUGAACGGCUCCGCGUUCAAAGGCCGCUGCGCACUCUUCUCCAGCGGCUACUGGAGGACAGAGGACCGGGGAGAGCUGACGGGACAGCCGGGAGACGCCUCUCACCUGGUGGUGCAGCAGUGGGGCCCGCCGGCUGCCUGCCAGUUCGCCACCUUUGUCGGUAUUUUCACGGUGCUGUACGGAGCAGCGCAGGGCUGGAGGAGCCUCUUCUAUCUGCACGGACGACAUGAUGACACCCUGUUUUCGUCCUUCCUGACCGUGCUGCUGAGUGUGUGCGUGCUCUUCCUGUCUGGAGGGGCCAGUGUUAUCUUGUCUCUGGGACUUGUCUCCUGGUGUGACACCGUGACUGAUCACAACACACGACCAUACAGCUGUGCAGAGUCCCAGUCGGUCCCACUUUACCUGGAUGUGAACACCUCCUCUUUCUACACAGAGCUCAAUCUUGCACAGGCCUCUCUGUGGUUAGUGUCGGCUCUCUGGCUGGCUCAGUCCAUCCUGGCGUUCCUGCGGCUCUACCACUCCCACAGCCAGCACAUCAGCGGGCCGUGUCGUCCCCGAGAGAAGGAGCUGCUGCUGGGACACAGUCUGUCCGACAGCGGCUCCCCGACACCUCCACAUCCUCCAGCAACACCCACCAUCUUUGUCUAACUGAGAGAGAUUGAGGUAGUGAUAAACAACGUUACAGUUAGCUUUUAGAUGAUAAUGUCUACCCUGUAUACAGUUCUCCUUACUGCAUGUAGAAUAUGGACAUGGCAGUGUGGCUAAGGAUAUAAUAAUCAGUGUUAUAUUUCGAUUUAAAUCAUAAUUCAUCAUCUUAUGUAAUAAGAGCCUGACCGAUAAGUGGUAUGGGCGUAUAUGACAGCUGAUAUUUAACAAGAAAUGUCAGUAUAGAAAUGCCAAAGAAAUGUUUUAAGUGAUUUAUAAACAGUGUCUCUGUUAUAUAUCUUGUGAUCCAGAGCGCACUGACACAUUUAUUUUUACCAUCCAAUAAGCAGUCAGGCUAUAUUAUGUAACGACAUGAUGACGUUUGAGCAGAGCCAAAAAAAAACGUACUUUACAUUAAACUGCCACGUCUCACUCAAGCGCCACAACUUUAGAGUUACAGUUUGUGCCUCUAGUAUUUAUUAUAUUUGAGUAACCGAACUAAGCAUCUGUUCUUCUGAAUGAUCAUAACCAAUUUCCAAAAUCCUUGAAUAUUCAGUUUGCUUUGAGAUAAAAAAAAAAAAAAAAAAGAUUUUAACUGGUUUACCUGUCUAGAUAACCGGAUAACAGGUAGAGCACUUGUUGAUGAACUGUUCCAAAUAUUAAACACAACAAGAGAGGCUAAUUUAGGCUUUUUUUUAUUUUGGAAUAAUGUGUGAUCGCUCCUAGAUCGAAAUAUUGAAGGUUGUCCUGUUCUUCCCAUUCUGCUGAGAUUACAUAAUUGCAUAUCUCUUACUUGUUUUGUGUUACAUAAGAAAAAUAUCAAUGCAGUAAAGUGUAAAAUUCAAGCAAGGUCAAAUGUAAUAUCCAGCUAAAUUUUUUUGUUUGGAAUUGGCAGUAGAGUUUCAACCUUGAAAGCAUAUUUUUUAUCGUGCAGCAGACUGGAAAUCUUUUCAUCUAAAUGGUUUAAAGGGACUAAAUGAUUCAGGAAAAACCCUCUGAACAGCACUUAGUGUUGUUAAACAAGCUUCUGUUUUUUUCAAGGCUGUGCGGGAAUUUGUUUAUUUGAAGCUCCGAUGUAAUGAGGAUACAUGAGAGCCACUAACUGGGACUAACUAAACUCUUUGCUGGAACAAAAGGGAUUUUACAGAAUAAAAAAGGCACAGAAGCAGAUGUAUUUAUUCAUCUAAUAACCACAGUGUUAUUUAGAAGCUAAUAAUCAUUAUGGUCAUUUGACUUAAUGACUUCACAAGGAACCAGAUGGUGUUUUUUCUUUCAGUCCGUUUGGAAUAUAUUUAAUAUGCAUGUUGUUUACAUGUCUGCUGACAUUUUGCACAGUUGUGUCGUCAUCAGGGAGAAAACACUUUGUCGACUGUUCUGAGUGUAAAAUUCAACUGUAGCACUGAGGCGCUUUUAUUGUGAAGCAUGUGGUGAGAGUGUGACUGAGCCACCAGUAACAGGCUCACUGUGUGAGCAUGACCCAAAUGUUCUGUUGUGUAACGGAAGAAAAUCACUGCUGACCGUCUCUCUUACUGCAAGGAUUUUUAUCAUGAUGUCGUUUGUCUUGAAGCAGCCGCUCGCAGGGCGUUAAUGAAGCAGUUAAAUCGUCUCAAAUGAAACUUGUAGAGUCUGCAGAGAAUAAUUUGGAGGUAAACCCUAAAGGAUCUGUGGUAAGUUUCAUAUUGAGAUAGAUAUGUGCGGAGCCCAGAAGGGUGAAGUGAAGAGGAAAGAAGUUUCUGACUUUUGUGAGGUUUUUUUUUUAAAACAAAUGAUUUAAAGUUAAACUUCCCUCCUAUUAUCAUUGAACCAAGUGGUUGUUAUGACACACGGACGGCGGAGCAAGAAAUCUGAAGUAAAGAGAGAUGAGACAGUAAUGUCAUUUGAAAUGUAUUGUAAUAUAGGAAAUGUUUUGUAUUAUACCUGACAGUGGUCUUGCUUUUUACCUCUUAUACCUGUUUGUGCUCAUUCACAUUCAUGCUUUUUUGCAUUUGUCUUGUUUGUCAAAAAUAAAAAGCUU